AUGUUUCGGGGCGGUCUCCUUAUCCUGGUUGUGGCCCUUUCUUUGGCAAAGGCGUACUUGCCGCAGAAGGUAUUUCUUCCCAAACUUCUGGAUUUAGAUUGGCCCCAGAAUUGUGGCAUUGCUUACUUCCAGCCCAACAUAUUUGCAAAGAUCAUAUCUGGCAACGAAGCAAGGCCACAUUCUUGGCCUUGGCAGGUCUCUUUACAGACUCGCUCUAGACCAAGUGAUAGAUUUGUUCAUGUCUGCGGCGGCACCCUCAUUCACAAACGCUGGGUCCUCACUGCCGCUCACUGCUUCCAGAAGGGGGAGGCGGAAGACGUUACAAACUGGCGUAUUCUUCUGGGCAAACACCACCUCAGAUACCCCGAAUCUACCGAGCGAACCUACCGGGUGAAGCGAAUCUACCGGCAUGAGAAUUUUCGCUAUCCUCAGCUAAGUGAACUCGAGCAUGACAUUGCUUUGGUCAAGCCCGUGGAAGACAUUAUGGCCAACAAGUUCGUCCGGUAUGCGUGUCUGCCGAAGAUAGAUACCUUCCUCCACCCUGGACACUUUUGCUGGGUGACCGGCUGGGGAGGAACAAGAGGUGGGAAAGAAAACUUGACCCUGGCGGAAGUUUUGAAUCAGGCCAAGUUACCCGUCCUAGAUUUCAACACGUGUCAUGACAAGAAAUUCUGGGGGAACAAAAUGCAACCGUCGAUGGUCUGUGCUGGAUUAAGAGACAACGCAAAGUCCCCGGCUGCCUGCCAG